AUGGCCGCCACGCCGACGGUACCCAACGCUGGACCCACAAGCUACGACUUAAUCAUCCACGGCACACGCCUCCUCCUCCAUCAUCGCGCCGCCGCGCGCCGCCUCCGGGAAAUCCAACUUCCAAUCGUCUCCCUCGACCUCGCCGGCCCCAGGCUCCUCUACUGCGCGACGCCAUGGUCGACGUCCCUAGAUUCUGGCGCCGGUCACCAAUGCGAGUUCAAGAGCGUCGAUGGAAGCUUGAUUAUUCGAGGAGCAUUAUGUUCGAGUGCGGAUUCGAGGCAGGCGAUAUUUAAGGACCGUAGCCUUGAGUUGGGGGAGAAGAGGGAGAUGAUGAGGUUCUUGAGGUUGGUGCAGGGGCAUAUUGGGGAUGAGGAGGGGUCUAGGGUUUCGGAGGAGGAUCUGGAGAUGCCAUUUGUCGAGUUCUUGAAGAGGCAGAGAUUGCCGCCGAAGAUAAGAUCGAUUAUCUUGUACGCGAUUGUGUUGGCGGAGUACGAUCAGGAGAGUGGAGAGGGGUGUAAGAAGCUGAUUAAGACCAAGGAUGGAAUUGCGAGUAUAGGACUUUAUAUCAAAUCAGUUGGGAGGUUCCCAAAUGCAGUGGGGGCUUUCAUCUACCCUAUGUAUGGGCAUGGAGAAUUGCCCCAAGCUUUUUGCCGUUGUGCUGCUGUUAAAGGUGCUCUUUAUGUACUGCGUAUGCCAGUGGUAGAGAUACUUGCUGACGAGGAAACUAAAGAGUAUAAAGGUGUUAAUUUGGCAUCUGGUCAGGAAAUAUUGAGCCAACACCUGAUAGUGGAACCAUCUUCUAAGGUUCCAUCUUCAGUGUUAUUGCCACUAGAUCAUGAAGGUUCAAAUGCUUCAAACCUAUCUGAGAAGGUUGCUAGAGGAGUAUGUGUAACCAGUUCUUCCCUAAAGCAGGAUUUAUCUAACAUUCUGGUGAUUUUCCCUCCUGGAUCGCUGCAUGCGGGGCAGCUGACAACUGUACGAGCACUGCAGUUAAGCAGUAAUGUAGCUGUGUGUCCUCAGGGGAUGUAUGUGGUGCAUCUUUCCACUUCAUGUGAUUCUGCCAUGAAUGCUCUCUUCUCCCUUCCCAAUCUGGACAACUGUGAAGGUAUAUCUAGAAACAAUGAAGGUGCAGAAGUAUCAAAGCCGACUCUAAUAUGGAGUGCUGUGUAUGAUCAGGAGGUUACACAGGCUUCAUUUGGUACUGUUUGUUCAAGUCCCCUGCCUGAUGCCAAUUUGGACUAUCGAGAUUUAUUGGAAUCAACAAUGGAGUUAUUUUCCCACAUGUAUCCCCAAGAAGAGUUCCUUCCUCAGGUUCCAGCUACAGAAAACGAUGACGAAGACUACAGUGGUUCUUCAGAGCAAUAGUCAUCCACAUGAUCUAAAGUCAACAAGAGCAACAACCAUCAAGACACGUAAAUCUCCAGGCCCAUGAUAGACUGCAGAGUGUACAAUGAAAUCUUGUCCAAAUUUGGCAUGUAAACAGAUGCAUUUUUAUUGUCAUGCCAGUUUGAAAUGUGUCUGAGCGACACUGGAGUUUCUCGAGCCAGAUAUUCACGUGGAUAUGCCCAAUGCAACAUUUAAUACACCCAAUCAUUUGUGCUCGAUAAAAAAAAGCGCAAGGAUAGCUUCA